AUGUACAGAUGUAAGAUACGUUUUGGUCUCUGGAUUAUUGCCGGUACUAUCGGUACCGGGCUUUUCCUCGGAUCCGGUGAAGCUCUCCAUGUUGCAGGACCUCUUGGUGCACUCAUUGCGUAUAUGUUGGUUGGGACGGUGGCAUAUUCUUCCUUGUGUUCAGUUGGAGAGAUGACUACAUUUGCACCCAUAUCUGGAACCUUCCCGCACUUUGCGGCCCGUUGGGUCGACCCGGCGUUCGGUUUUGCCGUUGGAUGGAACUAUUUUUAUGGACAAGCCAUCUCUGUUCCAGUAGAGGUCGCUGCAGCCGUUAUCCUUCUCAGUUUCUGGGACGAAAAUACCAGCCAUGCCGCCAUUUACACAGCAGUCAUAUGUGUACUCAUGUGCGCUAUCAAUAUUUUUGGUGUUAGGUAUUUCGGAGAAGCCGAAUUCCUCUUUGCCUUCAUCAAACUUUCAACCAUCAUCGGCCUUCUACUAGCUGGUCUGGUGAUAGAUCUCGGAGGAGGACCCAACCAUGGACGAAUUGGCUUUCGGUACUGGAAGCACCCUGGAGCACUUGCCCGAGCCGGCUUAGUAUCUAGUAUCAAUACAGACCGCUUCCUAGCAAUUAUGUCUGUCAUCAUCCAAGCUGCCUUCUCGUUCACAGGCAUGGAGCUAGUAGCAAUUGCCGCUUCGGAGACAGAGAGUCCUCGUCGUAAUAUAGGCAAAGCUGUUAACCGAGUCGUUUAUCGAAUCGUCCUGUUCUACAUACUGGGCAUACUUAUGAUUGGCAUGCUUGUUUCCUACGAUGACGAUGCCCUGUUAAACACAUCCGGAAACGCUGCCCAGUCACCGUUCGUCAUUGCUUUUAACCGUGCUGGUGUCAAAGUUCUCCCUCACAUCAUCAAUGCUGCCGUGUUCACGAGCGCCUUCUCCGCUGGAAAUACCUACUUGUUCUGUGGCUCGCGUAUUCUCUAUGGACUCGCUCUCCGCGGACAAGGGCCUCGUUUCUUGACGUAUUGCACAAAAAAUGGCCUACCGCUCACUGCUGUUCUUGUUACGUGUUGCUUCUCAUUAUUAUCUUUCAUGACUGUUAGUAGCGGAGCGGAACGGGUUUUCUUCUGGUUGCAGAACCUUACGGCUACUGGAGGUUUCAUCGGCUGGUUUUGUAUUAAUUUGACCUAUGUAUUCUUCCGUCGAGGCAUGCUCGCACAAGGCUUUGAUCUCAAGGAGAACAUCUAUAACCACUCUUGGCAACCUUACCUUGCAUGGUGGGGUAUCUUUUGGACGAUAUUCUUCACCCUCGUCAACGGAUACGCAGUGUUUUUCAGUUUUGAUAUAUCUGAUUUCUUGGUUGCAUAUAUCAAUCUGCCAAUUUUUGCCUCGUUAUACUUCGGUUAUAAAUUGAUAAUGCGUACAAGCGUGUGGAAACCGGAGGAUAUGGACUUGGUGACUGGUAUUCCAAGUAUUGAGGAGACAGAGAAGCCGGAAGUACCACCACGCACUUUGCUAGAAAAGAUUGCCGCGAUCCUCUUUUAA